AUGAAAUUCGGUCGUCGUAUUAAAGACUCUAGGUACGCCGAAUGGGCAGAUCAAUAUAUCGCCUAUGGUGCUUUGAAAAAACAAAUCAAAGCUACUGUCCCAUGGAGUGAUACGGCCGAAGCUGAUUUCAUCCAAGCAUUACAUCGAGAAUUGGAGAAAUGUCAAACUUUCCAAACUCAAAAAGCAGAAGAGCUGUUGAGACGUAUCAACGCUUUGGAAAAAGAGGUCAUCGGUUUAGUUGCUAAAGCGGGGGAUAGUAUCGAUGAAGAGGAGGAUGAAGAUGAAGAGGAUGAUUUGAUUCAUGAAGUGACACCGGGGGAUUUAGAGAGACAUGUGAGGGAUCAUAGGGAUCAUGAUGAAGGUAGUGACGAUGACGAUGUUGGAUCGGAAAGUGGGAUUAGUUUCGAUUCGUUGGAAGAACGUUUCAGAGAGUUGGAAGAGGAAGUUGCGGUUUUAGUGGCCGACGUACAUGAUCUGUCCCUUUUCACCAAACUCAACUUUACUGGGUUUAUCAAGAUUGUCAAGAAACAUGAUAAAAUCACAGGAUUCGCUUUGAAACCUGUGUUCACGAAAGAUUUCUUAGAAACUCAUCCGUUUUAUAAAAUGAAUUAUGACGUUUUGGUCGUAAAACUAUCCAAAUUAUUCGAUCUUGUUCGAACGAGGGGCCAUCCAAUUGAGGGGGAUUCUACGGCGGGAGGAAGUCAGAAUGCAUUCACGAGGAGUACGACGAAAUACUGGGUACAUGAUGAGAAUAUCGUUCCUCUCAAAUUGGCCAUCAUGAAACAUCUACCUGUUUUAGUUUUCGAUCCGAAUAAAGAAUUUAACGUCAAAGAUUCCGCCAUUACCUCUAUUUAUUUCGAUAAUCAAGAGUUAGAGUUGUACCUCGGUCGAUUGGAAAAGACCGAAGGUGCAGAAGCUAUCCGAAUGCGUUGGUAUGGUGAUGUAGACGGGACAAACAUAUUCGUUGAAAGAAAGACUCAUCGAGAAGAUUGGACAGGAGAAAAAUCAGUAAAAGAACGUUUUGUCAUUAAAGAAGAUAAAUUAAACGAUUUCCUCGCUGGUACCUAUACGAUGGACGAAGAAUUCGAUCGUUUAGUUAAAAUUGGCAAGAAAACUGAAAAAGAAGUUGAAUCAAUGAAACAAUUAUCAAACGAGAUUCAAUACGCCAUCAUAACUCGAAACCUUCGACCUGUCAUGAGGACUUUUUAUAAUCGUACUGCUUUUCAAUUACCUGGAAACGCUACUGUUCGGAUUUCUUUAGAUACGGAGUUGACAAUGGUACGAGAAGAUAAUUUUGAUGGUAUAGAUCGUACACAUGGUAAUUGGCGUCGAACGGAUUUAAAUCUAGAUCAUCCAUUCCCAACUAUAAAACCGAACGAAAAAGAAUUAUUCCCAUAUGGUGUUUUAGAAGUGAAGUUAGCUAUAAAAGUAGGUGAAGAAGCGCCACAAUGGAUAAGAGAUUUGAUAGAUUCACAUUUAGUUGAAGCUGUACCUAAAUUUUCAAAAUUCAUUCAUGGUUGUGCAAGUUUAUUACCUGAAAGAGUUGAUUUGAUACCUUUUUGGUUACCUCAAAUGGAUCAAGAUAUUCGAAAACCAGUUUCUUCACGAUCAAAAGUUUUGAUCGAAAGACCUCAUUCUAUUGGACAUUCUUAUAAUUCUUCUUCAAACACGAUCUCGAAUACGAUUUCACCUUCACCUUCACCACAUUUACAAUCUCAAUCAGGAUCACAAAAUACUUAUCAUGAACCUGUUUCAGAAGGAGAAGAAGAUGAUGAAUAUUUAAUCCAUUCGGCUAAAAAUGAAGAUCAACAUUUACGACUUCCACCUGAUGCUGCUGCUCAAGCCAGAGCAGCGAGAGAUUUUAGGGAACAGAAAUUGAGGGAUGAAGCACAUGCUCAAGUUGAAGCUGUUCAAGUUGGAUCAUCAUCUUUUUCGAAGAAAUCAUUAGGAAAUGGAGGGGGUUAUGCUAAAGGGUUGAGGAUCGAUCCUUUAGCUGCUAGUGAUAAGUUCGAUAGGGAUGUUUCUUUAUUGGAUGAGAGGAGUUUGAAAAAGUUGAAUGAAGCUGCUGAGAGACAAGAAGGACAUGUGGUAGAAAGGGAAGGAGAGGGAGAGGGAGAAGGAGAAGGAGAAGACGAAGUGGAUGAAGAAGAUGAUGAAGAUGGUAAUAGAGUGAUUUAUGUGGAUAAUUUCAGAGCUCCACAAGGAAAGAAAAUAGCUGUUCCGAUAAGGAUUGAACCGAAAGUCGUUUUUGCCGCCGAGAGGACGUUUUUAAAGUGGUCUCAUUUCGCCAUCCUACUCUCAGCAGUAUCAAUAACUUUAUUAAAUUUCAUACCCCCAACAGACCUCAUAGGAAUCUUCUCAGCAACAUGUUUCACUUUCACUUCUCUACUAGCUAUCGUCUACAGUGGGGGAAUGUACACAUAUAGGAUUAUAAAAAUAAGAAAGAGAGAAGCAGUGGAUUAUCAUGAUAAAUGGGGACCUACGAUUUUAUGUUUAGCUUUGGUUGGAAGUAUUUUAGUUAAUUUGAUUUUAAGGUUGAAGGAAUUGUAG